AUGGCGGCCCUUUACCCCAGCAACUCCAGGACCAGCCAUGGGCUUGGAAACCAGGAGCCCAGAGGUUCACAGCUGAGGCUUAUCUUAGUGGGUAAGACUGGGGCAGGAAAAAGUGCAACAGGAAACAGCAUCCUCGGAAAGAAAAUAUUUCCUUCUGGCUUUUCUGCAGUAUCCAUCACCAGGUCCUGUACGAAAGGAUACAGCACCUGGAACGGGAGGGAAAUCCUCGUUGUGGAUACGCCAGGCAUCUUUGACACAGAGCUACAGGAUGCUGACACUUGCAAGGAGAUUGCUCGCUGCAUGGCCCUGACCUCCCCAGGGCCUCAUGCUCUCCUCUUUGUCACCCCACUGGGCCGGUACACGCUGGAAGACCGCAGAGCCACGGAAAAGAUCCUGAAAAUGUUUGGAGAGAGAGCUAGGAGACACAUGAUUCUCUUAUUCACCCGGAAAGAUGACUUGGAAGGCACUGAUUUCCGUGAUUGCUUAAAGGAAGCUCCAAAAGCCAUUCAAGAGCUGAUGGACAAGUUCGGAGAUCGCUACUGUGUGUUCAACAACAGGGCGACGGGAGCCGAGCAGGAGAACCAGAGGCAGCAGCUGCUGGUCCUGGUUCAGCGCGUGGUCGCAGAGUGCAAAGGCAGUUGCUUCACGAAUAACAUGUAUCAAAAGGCCGAGGAGGAGAUACAGAAACAAAUCCAAGUGAUACAAGAAAAUUACAGAGCAGAGCUAGAGACACAGAAAGCGCAGAUAAGACAGGAGUAUGAAGAGAAAAUCAGAAUGCUGGAGGAUGAACUAGAGCUGCAAAAGCAAGUGAUGCAAAUGAGGAGGGAAUUGGCAGAAAGGGAGGCUCUCUGUGCUACAAGGCAGCAAAAUGCCAGAGACGUAGUUGAGAAUCAGAGCGGGAUAGUUGAAUUCAUCUUAGGCCUGUUGAAGAUUGUUUCUUUUGUUUUCUCUCUGUUUGAGGAUUAA